AUGCCCGGUCGGGCCAUGCCCCCGGCCCGCCCCCGGCCCCGGGCGGGGCUGCCCCGUCCCCGGCCCCGGGCGUCCCGCCGCGGUCUCGCCUCCGGCCGGCUCUGGUCGUACUGGCGGUGGCGCUGCUGGGCGGGCAUCAGUGCCUGGGACAGGGGCAGCAUCGCCUCCCUUUGGCUCCGCCUGGCCCGAGCCUGGCCCUGGCCCCGGCCCCGGCCCCGGCCCCGGCCCCGGCCCCGGCCCCGGCCCCGGCCCCGGCCCCUCCCGGGGCCCGCGGAGGACACAGGCGGCGCGGCCGCUCCCGCCGCCUCCGCUGCCGCUUGCCCGGCCCGAGCUCCGCCGCUCGGCAGCGCGGCCGCCGGCCCCGAGCCGCCGCUGUCCCGCUGCAGGGAGCGAACGCCUGGGGAUGGCCGGCCUGGGGCGCUUGAGGGGCGCUCGGGGGCCGUUGCCGGCCCCGGGCCGAGCGCUGACAGCCGCGUCCCGCCGGCAGGGAAGGCGCAGCAGGGCCUGAAGGAGCAGUACCGGCUGGGCUCGCUGCUGGGGCGCGGCGGCUUCGGCAGCGUCUUCGCGGCCACGCGGCUCUCGGGCGGUGCCCCGGUGGCCAUCAAAAGGGUGCCACGGGAGCGCGUCCGGCACUGGGGCGAGCUGCCCGACGGCACCAGCGCACCCCUGGAGAUCGUGCUGCUGGCCAAGGUGUCCACUGGCUUCCCUGGUGUGGUCCAGCUGCUGGAGUGGCUUGAGCUCCCCAACGAUGUCUUGAUGGUGCUGGAGCGCCCGGAGCGCUGUCAGGACCUGCAGCAUUUCAUUCGGGCACGGGGCUUCCUGCCCGAGGAGGUGGUGCGGGAGCUGUUCCGCCAGGUGCUGGAGGCCGUGCGACACUGCACCAGCUGCGGGGUCUUGCACAGGGACAUCAAACCAGAGAACAUCCUGGUUGACCUGGCCACCGGGCAGGCCAAAUUGAUUGACUUUGGCUGUGGCACCUACCUGCAGGACACAGCCUACACUCACUUUGCAGGAACACGGUCAUACAGCCCCCCGGAAUGGACCCACUUUGGCUGGUACUAUGGCAGGCCAGCUACCAUCUGGUCCCUGGGCAUCCUGCUGCACCAGAUGGUCUGUGGGGAGCAUCCUUUCAGGAGGGGCCAGAACAUCAGCUGGGACCAUCAACUCUCGCUGCCACAAGGGCUCUCUCAAGAGUGCCAAGAUCUGAUCAGGCAGUGUUUAUCCAUGCUGGACAUGGAAAGGCCCUCAUUAGAAGAGCUGCUCUGUCAUCCUUGGAUGCAGGAUAUUCAUCUGCACUAGAAGAAGGGAGAGAGCCACAGGCACACUGUGAUGCAGGGCCCU